UCUUAUCUCGAAAUUCUUGUUAUCGCUGUCGUAGUAUUAAAGUACUUUAUAUUGUAAAGUUCAAAAUAGAAUUGCAAUUGUUGAUGAUGAAUUUCGACUUUGGAGAUGUGGCUCGCAGCGGCUGUUUUUUGGUUUUGAAUGUGGCACUAGAUAACUUGGAGUUGUACGGCUACGACAUCAAUGUCCCUGAUAAGCACUCCAACUGUUUGCUGCAUUAUUCUGCACAACACGGAAAUACGGAAACAACUCUGAAGCUACUAACUUUGAAGGCUUUACCGGACGUUGUAAAUGCAAGAAGACAAACUCCGUUGCAUCUGGCCUGCAUCCACCAGCAUAAACCCAUCAUCAAAAUCCUCGCAGACAGUAACGCAAAAAUGAAUAUUAAAGAUCAUCUCGGGCAAACACCGCUUUUCUACUUAGCAAAUAGCCCGUCUUUAGCUGAAUUUUUAAUAGCACAAGGCGCCGAUAUCAACAUCAGCAAUAGCAUUGGAGAGACAUUGUUGCAUGUGGCUGUUAAAGCCGGAAAGAAGACACUUGUGCAAUACUUUCUUGAACACGGAUUGUAUGUGGAUGCCAAAACGGCUUGUGGAGACACUCCAUUAAUGUUCGCCGUCCAGAGGGGCUUCGCUAAAAUUGUUCAUAUUCUCUUAGAACACGGUGCUGAUUACAAGAUCGAGAAUCACAAAAGUCAAAAUCUCUUGCAUUUGGCGGUUGAAAACCAACAAAAUGAGGUAUGUGAACGAUUACUCUCUAUGGAGAUCAAUUUUGACCAACUAGACCGCGAUGGAGCAUCUCCAUUGCACUUAGCAGCUCAAAGAAACUAUUGUGAUAUUAUUCGAAUAUUGGCAGAAAGCAACGUUAAAAUUGACCAAAGGGACUUCGAUAAUUACACUCCUUUGCAUGUCGCAGCUAGUAAUAAAAACAACGGAUACGCGGUUGCAGUACUGUUAGAGCAACACGCCUCAAUUGAUGCGGUCACUUGCAAUGGAGAUCUGCCUCUACAUAAAGCAGCAGGAUCUGGGAACGAGAAAGCAGUAAAGCUGCUCUAUCGGAAAGCUUUUCUAAGUGUGAAAAACCGAUGUGGACUCACGCCUUUAAUGAUGGCAGAAGCCCAUGACAGGCGAUCAGUGGUGUAUUUACUUAAAGAGCUGGAAGUGCGUCAAAAGCUCAGAAGAACCAGUGCCAUACCUGUAAAAAGAGCGAUUUAAGACCGGGGAGUCAAUUAUAGACUCAAUGGCCAAUUUUAAUCCCCGGUCAGUGUGAAAGCCAUGUUAGUACGUUGUUUCUGAAGCCAAAUUUUCAACAAACCAUCUCCCAGUUUGUGACUUAUUUUAAUUACUAGUUUAAUUGUUGCUUAAUAUGUAUUUAAUUUUAUUUCAAUUAUACUGUUUUAUGAUUCUGCUGAA